UAAGUGCUUUUUCCCCCCCCCUUAACAAUGACUCAAAGCUCACAGUUGAGGUUUAUCUCAAUCUCUCUGCCUGCUUGCUUCGCUCUGUGCCGGUGGGGAGAGUGCGCAUGCGCACUGCUGACUCUCCAGUAAUCCGCUGUUUUGGAGGCGAUCGCAUCCGCGUCCCCUGCGCUCUCUGGGAAUUCAAUCAUGCGCUGCGAUGUAUUGAAGCGGACGACGACGACGCGGGAUUUUUAACGGGACCCACCCCAAUGGAACCUUUUGAAACACGCGUGGGGUGAAAGGGGGGGGGGGGGGGAAGCGCUCGUGUUGCGUUCAAGGAGAGGACAGAAAAACCGAGCGAGCGAGGAUGUCUGCUGGUGAAAAGACAUCAGCGUUCGCAUGUGCAGCCAGUAAAAGCUUCUACUGGGAAAUAAGAUCCUGUGGGAGAUAUUUGAAUAUUUAACUGCUCGCGGGUGCGUUCUGGACGUUUUCUUCGGGAUGCGUGUCGACGCGCUGCCUGGGGAUGCUUUUUUAAAAAAAAUGAUACGAUCACUAAUUGGUUAAUUCUGAAAAGUGUGUGUCUGUGUGUUUAUAGUGACUAAUGCUCAUGUAACAGCCAGCAGCAAACUGAUCAGCUGACGUGAUCUGGCAUUUGCAUUCUGUUUCUGACUCGUUUUAUAAUCGUCCACAUCUUUUGCAUGUGUUCUUAAAUGCACUUUUGCCGCUUAACCGGCACAGAAAACAUCCUAGCCUGGAAUUUAUAUUGUUGAAAUAGUUUUGCAAGGAUCUCUUUGAGUUUUUUAAUCUUUGGUUCCACUUGGGUGGAGGUCCGAAAUACCUUCAGCGUGGGAAAACAUUUCCCAUUAGGAUUAAGCCCACAGCUUUGGUCCAGCUGUUAAACCAGAGCACAUAUCUGAAAGAUGAGAUUCUGGAAAAUUUGCAUGCUUGUAGUUUUGCCCUCCCCAGAAAAUGCAGCACAUUGAUUUGUCUCUUACUGGAUGUAACUCAAGAUCCUCGCCGUUAUUGAUUGUUUACAACCGUCUGCAAUGUCGACGGCCCGGAUGAACCCGGCGAUAAUUCCGAGAGGCGCUGACUGUGAAAGCGGCAUAUUUCUCUAAGACCGGGACCAAGCAUGAACCUGCACGGACUGGUGAGGCAUGUCCGAUGGUAUGCGGGAGGAAUGAAGAAGCGGCGCUGUGGAGGGAAGCCAAAAAUCAAAGACAAUUACAAGGUAUCGCUCUGGCAAAUUCUCCGACGGACUCAUCCAGGUGUCUAAGAACUUCCACAAAGCCUCGCAACAGAUACCGGAAACUUCUCAAAGUGCUUCCGAGCAGCCCUUCCUCUCCGACCCGUCUUGACUAUCGCCGCGGUGAUGGGCAGCUCGGCCUCGUCGCUCACCGCAGAGACGGAGUCGGAUCACGGUUUCCGCGGCAACCCCUACCCGUCGUCGCCCCCGGUGGGCUGGCUCAGGACUAGUCACAGCAGCCCAGUAUGGGGCACCACCUUCAUCACACGCCAGCAGCAGCAAGCGUCUCCACGGCCUCACCGAGAACGCAGCCACUCUCACUCUCCCGGCUCCAUGGCAGCCGCAGUGCGAGGCAGCGAGUGGUCAUGCGGACGCUGCACCUUCUUAAACGUGGGCGGAGCACCUCGCUGUUCCAUCUGUGAGGCGCCUCGCCAGAAACCUGACUUGAAUCAAAUCCUCGCCUGAGCAGUAGCGAGGAGCAGCAGCGUUGGGGCUUGCCCUCGCUGUACCCUCAACAACCCUCAGGGAUCCAAAGCCUGCUCCGUGUGCGGCUUCGGACCGUCGGCCACCACGCCGGGCGCCCGGCCGUCACCCACCGUCGCCGCCACCUCAAACGGUCUCCCCCCCUGCUCCUAUCACCGAAGCCCCCCUAUCGUCACGCCCACGGUGCUUGCAGAACCCCAGGUCCCGCUGAAGGAGGACAUGAGACGCUCGGAGAGCAACGGGGAAGUGGGCGGCGGCGUGGAGAAGCAGCACAAGUCGGGCUGGGCUUGCCCUCGGUGCACGCUUCACAACACGCCGGUUGCGCUGUCCUGCUCGGCCUGCGUGCUGACCCAGGAAACUGUCCCUUACCCCAAAAUCCCCCCCGAGGCUUUAGUGGUACCAGAGGUUCGCACUCCCGUAUUGGGUUUCCCCGUGGCCUCGGCGGGGCCCGCCCCUCUGCUCAUCGAUCUAACCGAUGACUCUCCUCCGGCUCCCUCCUGCGAACCUCAAGAACCUCCCCACAUCCCGUCGUCCGCAUUCACGGCUUUCACCUCCUCCAGAACAACCCGGUGCCGGCGAAGUAGACGAGAGGUGCCUCCGACAGGGCGACCGCCAAACCAAGGCACCAACACUCCCAGUCCCACCUCUCCCAGUGCGAGCGUGCCCCCCCAGUCCGGCCCCCAGAGACCCGCCAAACAACACGCCCAACCCCAGGAGCCCUCAUACCCCUGUAAGCGCCUCAGUAUCUUAGAAGAAGAAGACCCCCAAAAGAAUCACCAGGUCGGAGCCCCUACCUGGAAGUGCCCGGGCUGCUCCUUAGCGAACCCGGGCGGCUCGUCCAAAUGUGAAACCUGCCGAUCGUCGCGGGCCGGCGCCGACUUAAUCGAUUUAGGUUGCGAGACGGUACGCUUCACCCCGGCUAGCCCGUCCAGUCCGGACUUUAGCACUUGGGCCUGCUCCAAGUGCACCCUGCGUAACCCCACGGGUGCUCCAAAGUGCUCCGCCUGUGGCUCGUCCAAGCUGCACGGCUUUCAGGAGCAGCAGGCGGCUCUUCUUCGCUGCUGCGCGCAGUGCGGCCAGGUCCCAUCCGGACCCGGCACGACGUGCUCCUGCACGCCCAACCCUCCUUCGUCCUCCACGGCUCAUAAAACCCGCAAACACGGCCGAGGUUAUCCUUCCUCGUCGGGCCUUCACGAGAGGCCCGGCCAGUGGAGCUGCCCGGCGUGUACGCUGCUCAACGACGUUAAGUCCAAGAACUGCGCGGCGUGCCACACGCCCCAGCAGUACCUCACCCUUCGCAAGGUGAUCAAGCCUCUGAAAAGGAGAGAGAGCAUGCACGUCGAGGCCCGUCGGCGAAACGACGAAGGCGAAGCCAAGGAGCUGUGGGAGAACAUUGUCAGCUUCUGCCGAGAGAACACGGUGAACUUUGUGGACGACAGUUUCCCACCGGGACCUCGAUCGGUCGGCUUCCCCGAGGGCGACAGCGUCCAGCAGCGAAUCAAAAAGUGGCUCCGCCCCCACGAGAUCAAAUGCAGCAACACGAAAGACCGAGGCGUCAAGUGGUCCGUUUUCCGCACGCCGCGACCUUCCGACAUCCUACAAGGGCUGCUGGGAAACUGCUGGUUCCUCAGCGCUCUGGCCGUGUUGGCCGAGCGUCCCGAGUUGGUGGAGAGGGUGAUGAUCACCAGGACGAUUUGCACGGAGGGCGCCUACCAAGUCCGCCUGUGCAAAGACGGCACGUGGACGACAGUGCUGGUGGACGACAUGCUGCCCUGUGACGAAUACGGGUACCUCCUCUUCUCCCAGGCCCAGAGGAAGCAGCUGUGGGUGGCGCUGAUCGAGAAGGCGCUGGCCAAACUCCACGGCUCCUACUUUGCCUUGCAGGCGGGGCGCGCCAUCGAGGGAUUGGCCACGUUGACCGGGGCUCCGUGCGAUUCUCUCAUGCUGCAGGUCAGCUCCACCAACCCGCGGGAGGAGCCCAUCGAUACCGACCUGAUCUGGGCCAAGAUGCUCAGCUCCAAGGAAGCAGGGUUUCUCAUGGGCGCCUCGUGCGGAGGAGGCAACAUGAAGGUCGACGACGCCGUCUACGAGUCUCUGGGUCUGCGGCCUCGCCACGCCUACUCCAUCUUAGAUGUCCGAGAUGUGCAAGGAUACAGGUUGCUGCGACUCCGCAACCCGUGGGGUCGCUUCUCGUGGAACGGCAGCUGGUCGGACGAGUGGACGGACUGGCCGCAGCAUCUCCGUCACGAGUUGAUGGCGCACGGGAGCAGCGAGGGAGUCUUCUGGAUGGAGUACACCGAUUUCAUCAAGUACUUUGACUCGGUGGAUAUUUGUAAGAUCCACUCGGACUGGCAGGAAGUGCGGCUUCAGGGAUGCUUCCCCAGCAAGGCCAGCGGGCCCGUGAGCGUCAUGGCACUCACUGUGUUGGAAAGGACGGCGCUGGAGUUUGCUCUCUUCCAGGAGGGAAGCAGGCGCUCGGACACGGCCGACAGCCACCUGCUGGAUUUGUGCAUCAUGGUGUUCCGGGCCUCCUUUGGGAGCAGCAACAAGCUGACCCUGGGUCGCCUGCUGGCCCACAGCAAGCGAGCGGUGAAAAAGUUUGUCGGCUGCGACGUGAUGCUGGAGCCCGGGGAGUACGCCGUGGUCUGCUGCGCCUUUAACCACUGGCAGAUGAACGUGAGCGGGUCGGGAGGACCGCCCACGCCCGUGUCCAGUCCAACCAGCGGAGACCAGCGUCGGCCCAAUCAGGACUUCCCCGGCUACAUCCUGGCCAUCUACAGCUCCAGACAAGUGAUGGUGGAGCAGGUGGAGGCGGCCGCCACCACGCUAGCCGACGCCAUCAUCCUCCUGACGGAAAACAAAGGCGAAAGACACGAGGGCCGCGAGGGCAUGACGUGCUACUAUUUAACGCACGGCUGGGCGGGGCUUAUCGUGGUGGUGGAAAACCGUCACCCCAAGUACUACCUCCACGUCUCCUGCGACUGCACGGAUAGCUUCAACGUGGUGUCCACGCGCGGCAGCCUCAAGACCAUCGACAGCGUGCCGCCUUUACACCGGCAAGUUCUGGUAGUGCUCUCCCAGCUGGAAGGAAACGCCGGCUUCUCCAUCACGCACCGGCUGGCUCACCGCAAAGCCGCCCAGGCCUCGCUGGGCGACUGGACGCCUACCAAAGCCACCCACAGCCCCCAGCUCACCCCGGACAUCGACGGCCUGCACCGACCCAGGCCGCUAUGACCACCGUCCCCCACUUGGCGGACUUCUCCGAGCGACGGUCAGACCACUGGAACGCCUGGGCGAAAAAGACUCCCGCGCGUCUGAAUGUAUCGGUCAACACUGAGUUUUCUUCUGGCCCCUCAGGACGAA